AUGCCACAUAAAAUUACUGAUUGUUCAUCCAUGAUUAACGAAGAUCAACAAGAAAAUGUAUUGGAUGAAAAAGCAAUGCAGAAUAUUCAAGAAAGAUGCCAAAGAAUACGUGAUUCUUCAAAUCCACUUUAUGAUGCAGCAAAAAUCGCUGUAUACAUCAAUUGUUUGAUUGAAUUUUUACGAGAACAAGGGUUUAAAUAUAAACACGAAAACAGCUUUGAUCGAAAUAAACCGGACAGUUUUGAAGUAAUUGAAGUCAAAUCAGAUAAAAAAGUUAAAUGCGAAAUUAGUAAUGAUUUAUUUAAGUUAUAUUUUGGAGACGUGCAGUUUGAUGAUGAUUCAAGCGGAAGUAGUAGAAGUGAAUCAACUUCGAAUGAGGGUGAAGAAAUUACCAUUACUGAGGAAGAAAUAGAAAUGAUAAAUGGAGUUGCAUUUUCUGCUAUCAAAGAAGAUAAAUGA